CACAAGAAGGAUGUUAAGUACAAAAUUGGGAGCACAAGGGCCACAAUCUCUCUCAUUCUCUCUCUUUCUCUCUCCAUCCAUGGUGGAUUCCAUGCAAACUCUCUUGUCGAUUUGAGGGGGCUUGAGAGCAUGAGCUGAGGGAGUAUCAAUGUCAAUCUAUCCCACCAGCUAACGCGUGAAGUGGCACAUAUACUAAGUCUUUCCUAUCCACUCAACUCUGCUCCACAAUUAAGACUGCCUGUGUUUUUCCCCAGCUUUCCUUUUCAUGCUCCAAAGUUCAAAGUGCCAACCUUUUUUUUUUUUUUUUUUGCUCCAGCCAAAAGAUUUUGAAAAAAGACGACUCUUCGUCUCCAAAUAUAUUCCCACAGUCUCUGAGUUCUCCAUCUCUCUCUCUCUCUCUCUCUCUCUCAUGGACACAAUGGAUAUUGCCUCUCUUCUCCAUCACCCGCCGUCUUUCUCAAGCUUUUGGCCCUUUUGCCUUCAAAGCUAAAGUAGGCAAAACACCUCAAUCCACGAAAAUGUAGCUUGGAGCUCUACUACAUGUACUUAGUAAAAUUCUCCCUAGAGCUCUAGCUAAAAGCAAGCAAAGGAGGAAGAAAGAAAGGAGAGAAGGAGCUGUAGUUCUUGGGAGCCUCUCUCUCUCUCUCUCUCUCAAUCCAUUUGUUGUCUUCGUGCAGAUAUUUGAAUUGGGUUGAAAGGGAUGGAGCUGUUCCUAUAGAUAUAGUACUUUCUUUCUUUUUAUGUCACUUUCCAACUGUAACGGAGAGCCAGCUGCCAAGUCUAGGGUUGUGCUUCGUGCAAAAUCUCAGCUUAAGGCCCAAAAAUGUUCCCCUCAGACAGCAAUGGCAUUGACCCCAUCUCUAUUUGGGAUGGCCACAAGCAGCAGCCCCUUUCAAGUGAUGCCGUCCCAAGCUCCAAACAAGAAGACCACCUUGUUUCUUUCUUCAACUUUCCCUCUCCUUUCCCUCACUACUAUGAAGAUGACAGCUCCUUUCUUGACCUUGACCUAUUACUUCCGCAGCCACAACGACCAGUAAGUAGUGACGACGCUGCAGUGGUAGCUAAUACACUCACGAACAUGGUGGAUCUGGACAACAACGUCAAUGUAAAUGAAGCAUCAGGAGGAGGAGGAGGAGGCAUUUUGAAGAAGAAACAUUCCACGCCUGAACCAGUCCCUAGAAAGAGAACCUCGAAAAAGGAUCGGCACAGCAAGAUUUAUACUGCUCGGGGUCCGAGAGAUCGAAGAAUGAGAUUGUCCCUCGAGGUCGCCCGCGAUUUUUUUGAUCUCCAAGACAUGCUGGGAUUCGACAAGGCGAGUAAAACUGUUGAGUGGCUGCUGUUACACUCCAAGCCUGCGAUCAAGGAGCUUUCGAAAAGCAUUGCAAAGAUGAACAACAGUUGCACUGCCGGUAGCGCAUCUUCUAUGUCAGAGUGCGAUGUGGCGUCAGGAAUUGAUGAGGCGGCCGGUAAUGGGGAUCACUCGGCCAGUGUCACUCAAGACAAGCCGCCGCCGAUUAAGGAGAAAAAGACCAGGAUAUCCCGCAGGAAUUCGUUUUACCUGCUUGCAAGAGAAUCGAGGACAAAGGCGAGGGCAAGGGCGAGGGAGAGGACAGCAGAGAAGCUGUGGAUGCGAAGACUCGAUGGACCAAAACCAUAUAGUGAAGCAAUGAAGACCGACUUGAACAAGAGUAGUAGUCUGUAUGAAGCUUGUGAAGAAUCUGGUAUCCAAGGUAGCAACAACGUGAGAGCUGCCUCCGACUUUCUAGCUCAAUCUGAAGAGCCACAGGAGGAGGAGAACUUAGGAACAACAGGACAGAUUGUUGAUGAUUCUUUGGCGGGCAGUUGGAGCUCACCUUUCAGUUUCAACCAUGUUACAAGCACUGGUUUCUCCCAAGAGCAUGAGUUCAGAGAGCUUCAUCUCUUCGUCAAAACGUGGGAUACCUACAACAGUCUGUAUCAGUGCUAACGGAAUUAUGGGUAUAGUCUCGAACCUUUAAUGGCAGCUGAAUAAAUACACGCUGGUAGAAAUUGAUGAGGCUUCUUUCUUUGUGCUUGGAAUGUGUUAUAGGCAUGUGUGUCGCAAUUGUACAACUUAUGUGUGGACUAGUGUGUUCCUUCAGUGAAUUGUCUGCAAUAAUAUGUGCUUCUCCUA